GCAAGUAGGAGUGUCGCAGCGCAGAGAGAGAGAGGGAGAGGGAGAGCUGAUAUUCUACAGAGAAAGUUUGGAAUUUGAGAAAGCAGAAGGGAUUGGGGUGGGUUUUUGCAAUGAAAGGUGAAGGGAAGACGGUCAUGAUGAAGUCGAAACUGAAGUGGGUAGGUUUGGUGGGUCUUGUUCUAUCGGCUCUCUCACUCUUCGUGCACUUCUUGCUCGCCAGAUUCACUGAGGACGGCUUCUCUGACUAUCAAGCUUCCAUCACCAUCUUCUCUUGGAGACCCAUCUUUGAGAAUGUCGACAUCCCCACCACACAGAGUCCAUUGUAUAGAAGGCUAUGGGGUCAGAUAAGGCAGCUUGAAUCUUUGCAUCCUCGUGCCAAUCCAAGAGGAGAUUAUGCAGCAGAACCGAGUUUGCAGACAAAUGGCUUUAUCUUUGUCAGGAUACAAGGAGGUUUCCAUGAGAUACGAAACUCGAUAUGCGACGUAGUGGCGGUGUCUCGGCUUCUUAAUGCGACAUUAGUCGUUCCAGAGAUCCAAUCUACCACGAGCAGUAAAGGCAUCAGCUCAGAGUUCAAGAGCUUUUCCUAUCUCUACAAUGAGGAGCAAUUCAUGACAGCAUUGGCAAAGGAUGUUAGAGUAGUUAAGACCCUUCCAAAAGAUCUAAAAGGGGCAAGGAGGAAGAAGAAGAUCCCACUUUUUAGGGUUCCACACCAGGCCUCACCAUACUUUUUUCUCCAUCAUGUUCUCCCGGUACUGAACAAGCAUUCAGUUGUUGAAUUGGUGGUCUCCGAUGGUGGAUGCUUACAGGCUAUACUUGCGCCCCAGUUUGAAGAGCUUCAGAGGCUGAGAUGUAGAGUCUCUUUCGAUGCUCUUCGAUUUAGACAGGAGGUCCAGGAACUGGCUACUAAUAUUCUGCAUAGAUUACGUUCCCCUGGACGGCCAUUCAUAGCGUAUGAUCCUGGGUUGACAAGAGAUGCCUUGGCAUAUCAUGGUUGUGCUGAGUUGUUCCAGGAUGUACAUAGUGAACUCAUCCAGCAUAAAAGAGCCUGGAUGCUAAAGCGCGGGAUUGUCAAGGGCAGCCUCUAUGUGGAUUCGGCAGAAAAGCGCCUCAACGGGUCGUGCCCUCUUAUGCCGGAAGAGAUUGGAAUCCUUCUCCGUGCGUAUGGAUACCCGUGGGAUACCAUAAUAUAUGUUUCCGGGGGUGAAGUCUUUGGUGGUCAAAGGACAUUAAUACCUCUACACUCCAUGUUUGAAAAUGUCGUUGAUAGGACUUCGCUUAGCACGAGUUGGGAGCUGAACAGAAUUUACGGGCGUGAGUCCAGCCUGGCUUCUGAUUAUCCCAAGAAGCUUACUCCUGUUGAUGUAGAAUUGAAACGCGAGGCAUGGAAAUUGGCGGGGCCACGCCCUCGUCCACUUCCACCACCUCCGGCACGGCCCAAAUACCCUUAUAAUAUCGAAGGUUGGUGGGGCUGGGUGGCUGAAAGUGAUAAUGAGCCUGACAGUACAGUAAUGGAGCUGAGGAUGAAUGCCCAUAAAUUACUUUGGGAAGCAAUCGACUAUGUGGUUUGUGUUGAAGCUGAUGUGUUCAUUCCUGGAUUCGAUCGUGAUGGUAAGGGGCAUCCAAAUUUCGCUACCUUAGUGAUGGGCCGUAGAUUGUACCAGUCAGCAGCCUCCAGAACUUACAGACCUAACAGGAAACGAGUCGUGAAGUUCUUGGAAGAAACACGUGACCACCUAUAUCAGGCAAAUCACACAUGGCUGACGUCGAUCCGCAGGCACCUGAGAAACAGCCUACUCGACGGGCUAACUGAAGCGUCUGCAAAAUCGAAGCCUCUCUCUUUCCUCUCUCAUCCCGUCCCCGAAUGUUCUUGCUCGAGCCACGAUCCAAAAGCUGAAUCCACAUCCCGCCCUUCCGGUCUGUCUCACUCCCUUCACGCAGCUCUCGGCUCCAUCCACCGUUGCCCAGCUUGGAUGGAAACCGGCGCGACGUCCCUUCUGAUAGAGAAGGAAAACGACGAAGACCUCGACGAGGGCGACACCUCAUCGUCCGGGCUGUUUCUCAGGGGCAGCGGGGGCGGAGGAGCGGCUCAUGAGAACGGAGGCGGUGAGGUGAGUAGAGAGGAGGCCCAGUUGGAGGACCAGGAAGAACUAGAAGGUGGGGAGAGAAGAUAACAGGUGUUCAGAUUUUGUGUACAUGAGUAUGUUUAGGUGGGGAUAGUCUAGACUUUUAGAGUGCUUGUGAUUUCCUAAAUUUUGUUUUCCUUGUCAAAUCUUUUGUUCUUAGGAUCAUCUGAAAAUUUGUAUCGGUUCGUGUAAGAAAGAGGGGGAAACUCAUUUCUGGGGUCCAAAAGUAGGUUAGCAACACAAAACCCCAGCAACAAUUUUCUCGUAGGGCUUCGGGAGUUAUGUACAAAUUUCAUGCUGGAGGGUAUCUUUUCAAAUGUGUUCAUGAUUU